ACGGAGAAGGUGCUCGUGCACUUGGGGGCGAUUGCCAAGAAGGUUGCACCGACCCAAAUUCCCAUUGUGUCGCUAACCUGGGGUCACAAGGGAACGGGACCUGCAUGUGCAAUCCAGGAUACGUGGAAGAGGCUGACAUCUGCAGCCCUGCCGAAGAUCUACGAUGUCGCUGCGUGGACGGAUUCGUGGCGGACGCCGAAGGUUGCAGUGAGUGAGCGUGGAGAGAGGCUGGAAUCCUCUCGUCUCGCGGCUUCGCUGUGGAUGGAGGCUGGAAUCCUCCCAUCUCGCGGCUUCGCUGUGGAUGGAGGCUGGAAUCCUCUCAUCUCGCGGCUUCGCUGUGGAUGGAGGCUGGAAUCCUCUCAUCUCGCGGCUUCGCUGUGGAUGGAGGCUGGAAUCCUCUCAUCUCGCGGCUUCGCUGUGGAUGGAGGCUGGAAUCCUCUCAUCUCGCGGCUUCGCUGUGGAUGGAGGCUGGAAUCCUCUCAUCUCGCGGCUUCGCUGUGGAUGGAGGCUGGAAUCCUCUCAUCUCGCGGCUUCGCUGUGGAUGGAGGCUGGAAUCCUCUCAUCUCGCGGCUUCGCUGACCCCCCAAACUGGGUGAAGAAUGCGAUCCAGACGGGGAUCCAGUUUGCGAACAAAUCCCCAACGGAGGAGAAUGUCUUUUGAAUGGAGGCGGCUCACACACAUGCCAGUGCCAGAGUGGAUACGUGUCAGACGAUGGCGCCUGCAAAAAGCCAUUGGAAGGAGAUUGCACAGACUCCAUAGACUGUGUAUCGAAUGCUGCAUGUAACACGGACUCAAAGUGCGAAUGCAACCCAGGUUACGAACCAGAAAAGACUCCUGGCUUGUGCAGGAAGGUGAAUGCUAGCCUCCACGAGGAUUGUGACCCAGGGGGAGGAGCAUGUAUAAGUCCCAAUGCUGCAUGUGUUGGCGAUCCAGGCUUGGAAACCUGCUCUUGCAAACCAGGAUUUGUGGACAAUGAAGACAGCUGCAGACUUCCCAGUUUAGGUGAAGACUGCAUUCCUGCACCGGGACCUGCAUGUGAAGAAAUCCCUAACGGGGAAUGUCUCGGUAAUGAAGGAGGCCUUGCUACAUGCAAGUGUUUGAACGCAUUCGUGGAAGAUGGAGGCGCCUGCUAGAUACCAGUUGGAGGGGAAUGCGCCCAAUCGGACGAUUGCGUUGAUAAUGCCGUUUGCAACGAGACUACUAUCAAUCAAGUAUCCACGUGCAACACGGGAUUCGUGGCCGAGAAAGAACUCUGCAGAGAGGCUGUGCUUGCCUUCCCUCCCGUUCCGCCCUCGAUUCACGGAAGAGUCAAGUGGGAAGUCAUGGCCUUGGUUCUACGAUGCGGGAGUAUAGGACUGGGGAAGGGUAGGAUGAGAGGAAAGCUGGAGAGAACUGUACGAUGGACGCGGCAGACUGCAGGAGCAACGCCACCUGCACGGAACUUGAAAUUGAUUUUCACGAAUGCAAAUGCAACCGUGGAUACGUCGCUGACAACACCACUGGACAAUGCAGUGAAUCAUCAUUCAUAA